AUGUUGGCCUACUUUGUUCUCUCGCAACUCUCGUUUGCGCAUCGUAAUAUAUCUCCCUAUUCGGACGAUAUCGUCUCCACCUCUACUCCAGAGAUGGCUACUCAGCUUCGGACUCAUGAUGACUACACCGUGGGCUGGGUCUGCGCGCUGCCUAAGGAGUUAACGGCCGCUGCGGCAACGCUUGAUGAAAUACACGAAGAACUUCCUAAGCACCCUAAUGACCACAAUGCCUAUACCCUCGGUCGUGUUGGCGUACAUAACAUUGUAAUAGCAUGUUUGCCGAAAGGCGAAAUCGGCAACAACAAUGCAGCAACAGUCGCGACUUGGAUGACGUCUACUUUCCCAUCAAUUAAAUUUGGGUUGAUGGUUGGUAUCGGUGGAGGAGUCCCUAAAUCUGUCAGGCUUGGCGAUGUUGUGGUCAGCUCGCCCACUUAUGAGUUUAGCGGAGUUGUACAGUGGGAUUUUGGGAAAUCUCAACAAGAGGGCUUCAAACGAACCGGAGCAUUGAACCGCCCCCCUACCGAGCUACUUACUGCAGUGACAAAAUUAGAGAGGGAGCAUAAGAUGAAAGGUUCUAAGAUACCACAUUACCUCGACGAAUUGAAGGACAACUGGCCUAGGCUUGCGCCGAGAUAUACCAGGCCGGAGUCUUUGAGAGAUGUGCUCUUUAGAGCAAGCUGCAAGCAUGUUGAAAAACCUGAUACUUCCGACACCAGCACCGAGGAGAGCCAAGAGGAUGGUUAUGAGGAAGAGGAGGAAGGAGAAGGGGAUCCUUGCAGUCACUGUGAUCCGAGAGGAAUCAUCCGCAGAAAACCGCGGGACAUGCGUGUGCAUUACGGCCUUAUCGCAUCUGGCAACCAGGUAAUCAAAGAUGCGUUGAUCCGGGACGAUAUCAAUAAACGACUUGGAGGCAAGGUUCUCUGCUUUGAAAUGUGGGCAGCAGGACUGAUGGAUAAUUUCCCAUGCCUUGUCAUCCGAGGUAUCUGUCAUUAUGCAGAUGCACAUAAGAACAAAAACUGGCAAGAACACGCAGCGUCUGUUGCACCGGCGUUUGCCAAGGAACUCCUCUCAGUAUUCCAUCAAACCAUUACUGAGUGGCUCACACCAAUGAAUUAUGCUCCCCAGCAAAAUGAUUUGAUUUCCCAACGACAGGAAUGUACCGGAGAAUGGCUAUUGCAAUCAGAUAAAUUCCAACAGUGGGUCAGAGAACCCAAACAAGCUCUAUUCUGCCCUGGCAUACCCGGGACAGGCAAAACAAUUAUCACAUCUAUUGUUGUCCACGACCUUCUCAGGAGAUUUCAAAAUGACCCUUCCGUUGGGAUCGCAUAUCUAUAUUGCAACUUCAAGCAACAAGAGGAACAGAAGCCGGCUGAUCUCAUUGCAAGUCUGUUAAAGCAAUUACUUCAGGGACAGCCUUCUGUAGUUGAAGUUGUAAAGGACCUCUAUAAUCGACAUAAACGCGUAAAUACCCGUCCUUCACUGGAUGAGCUCCGGAGUUCACUACAGCAAAUUACAGCUUCUUAUCAAAGGACAUUUAUUGUCAUCGACGCACUGGAUGAGUGUCGAGCUUCUCCUGAUGGUCGUGAAAUGUUCCUGCAAGGAAUUUUCAACCUCCAGACCAACACCAAUGCGAGUAUUUUCGCCACGUCGCGAUUUGUCCAGGAAAUCGAGGGAAAAUUCGACCGAAGUAUCAGGCUUAAGAUCCGCGCCAGUGCUACAGAUGUACAAAAAUAUCUUGACGAAAGACUGCGGAAUUGCUCGACCUUAACUCCAGAAGACAAGCCCCUUCAAGAAGAGAUUAAGACCAAGAUCGCUAAAGCUGUUGACGGCAUGUUUCUGCUCGCACGGCUCUACGUUGAUUCAUUGGCCUUUAAAACAAAUAAGAAGGCGAUAAAACAGGCGCUUCAAGAGAUAGAGGCAACGUCCAAUGCACCAAAUGAUAGCGAAAAGUUCAUAGUACUAGAUACCGCCUAUAAGAACGCUAUGGAAAGAAUCCGAAGUCAACCACCAGAUUACCAAGACCUCGCUAUGAGAGCCCUUCAAUAG